AUACAUCGAUAUUUUCUUGAUUUAUGUGAAUUGGCAUGACAAGUGAACGUAAAUAAACAAUCGUGGGGGCAUCACGUUUGCAUGGAUAACACAUUUUAUGAACUAAAUGCGUCUACUGUAGAAUAGUGGUCACGUGACCUCCAUACAGGGCCUGCUGUCUGUUUUCAGCGGAGGGAGAGAUCCGAAGAAAAAUGGCGACUGCAGGCGACCUAAAGCGGGACGCCGGCCAUUCUAUUUGAACAUUCUACUAAAAAUUGAGCCCGGGGCUUGGUGGGGCUAAUUGUGACUAUCGCAACGUUGGUUAGGGUUUCCGAGGUUGCCCGGUUUCUCGGGUUUGUGUGGACUAGUCGCGCGCUAAAAUUGAAAUUAAAAAUAAUACAUCUGCUACAAUGCGAGGGAGAAGAGGAAGGCCGCCCAAACAGGCAGCGGAGAUGCAGGAGGUUUCCCCUGGGCCAGUUCGCGGUUCAAGAGGGAGAGGGAGAGGUAACCGUGGUAGGGGAAGGGGCCGAGGACGUGGCCGCGGACGGGGUUCGGUGGUGGAUACCGGCGAUACAGAAAUUAAUCGGAGAGAAAACUACCAUUCGUCCAGGGGCCGGAGGAAAGUUGGAGCAGCGACGACAUCGCGGGGCAGAGGAAGAGGCAGGGGUUCGAGAGGUGGUCGCGGCAGCAGGGGGAGACGGCCACUGUGCAAGGUGGUCUACGAUGACAACAGCGACGAGGAAGAGGACAAUAUUAGUUUGAGGUCGGAGGAAGACGAACUUUUACACGAGAAUCCUUCCUCAGACUACGAAGAGGAGGCCGUGGACAAUGAGUCCGAUUUUCUGGAAGAAUUACCAGAUGAGGAUGAUGCUAGCUACUGUACAGAUAGCAGCUUUCGGAGCCAUGAUAGCACGCACGGCAGCACUCCAGGCCGGAGGGGCAGACACCCGCACCGGCCCCGCUCGCCCAUCUUCGAGGCCAAGGAGGUGCCCUCCCUGGAGCUGCCCAAGUCCUCAGAGGACUUGCUGGUGCCGGCCAAUCAGCUCCUCAACAUCUCGGCCGUCUAUGAGGUGCUGCGCAACUUCGGCUCGGUCCUGCGCCUCUCGCCGUUCCGCUUCGAGGACUUUUGUGCGGCGCUGGCAGGCCAGGAGCAGUGCACCCUGCUGGCUGAGACCCACAUCGCCCUGCUCAAGGCCAUCCUGCGCGAGGAGGACACAUCCAACACCACGUUCGGUCCUGCCGACCUCAAGGACAGCGUCAACUCCACACUCUACUUCAUCGACGGCAUGACCUGGCCCGAGAUGGUGCGCGCCUACUGCGAGAGUGACCCAGAGUACCGGCAGGUGCUCCCUUUACUGGAGGGCGAGGAGUACCCCUACGAGCCCCUCGAGAGCAAAAUUAAGGUCCUUCAAUUCCUUGUGGACCAGUUCCUGGCCACCAACUUGGCCAGAGAAGAGUUAAUGUCGGAGGGGGUGGUGGCGUACGACGACCACUGCAGGGUGUGCCACCGGCUGGGGGACCUCCUCUGCUGCGAGACGUGCUCUGCCGUCUACCACCUGGAGUGCGUGAAGCCGCCGCUGGUGGAGGUACCCGAGGACGAGUGGCAGUGCGAGGUGUGCGUGGCACACAAGGUGCCUGGCGUGGUGGACUGUGUGACGGAGGCGCAGAAGAGCAGGCCAUACAUCCGCCAGCUGCCAAUCGGCUAUGACCGCCACCGCCGCAAGUACUGGUUCCUGGACCGCCGCGUCGUGGUAGAGGAGGACGGCGAGCAGGAGGACAAGACCAUCUGGUACUACAGCACCAAGGUGCAGCUGGCUGAGCUGAUUGACUGCCUGGACAAGGGCUACUGGGAGGCCGACCUGUACGCCACGCUGGAGGAGAUCAGGGACGAGGUGCACACGCACAUGGACAUCACCGAGGAGCUCACCAACAAGGCCCGCGGCGUCAACAAGUGCUUCCUCACCGCUGCCAACGAGGAGAUCCUGGACCGGCUGAGGGCCAAGCAGGAGGAGGAGCUGGAGGAGGUGAAGCGCCGGGCGGCCGAGGAGAGGGAGAAGGCGGAGGCGCAGAAAAAUCUCCGGAAGGAGGAGGAGACGGAGGGGGGAGAGCCCAAGGAGAAAACUGAUGAACUCGAGAAGAAGGGAGAUGAGGAGGGAGCAGGGGAGGGUAAGGCUGAGAAGGACAAUGACCAGGCGACCAAGGAGGGGACCACCAUUACAGCUGAGCUGGCUCCCUCUACUGGUGAGGGCUCCAUCCCUGAGGGAAGUAAGCCUGAUCUUCUGGCUCCACAACCCACCCUCCCCGCAACAGAGGCCCCCAGCCCUGCCGUGGGGGGGCAAGACCUCCCUACCGGGGCCCGAGAGCCUGGGGACGAGGCCCUAACCAACAUGAAGGGAAUGCAGGAGGCUGAAGAGAAGGCAGGUUCUGUGUCUAGCUCUCCCAGGGGAGAGGGGGUCCCCAGCCUGAGCCAGCCCUCUCAGCCCGGUGGUGAGGAGAACAGCAACAGCAGCACCAUUGCCAGGGAGGCCCCCAGGGUCCCGGAGGAGCCCGACCUAGCCGACAGGUCCUCUCAGUCUUCUAUCAACAGCCAGGACGACCAGGGGGUGAACGGCGAGACUGGUGGCAAGCGGACGGUAGUCACUCCGGGCGGCCGCAUGGUGACCCGCCUGCGUAACCCGGAGAGUAAGCUGAGCCAGCUGAAGAGCAAGAAGGUGGAGGAAGCCGUUCACGAGGCCAACAAGGGCUACAAGGAGGGCAAAGAGGUGCUGGUGGUGACCCCGGCGGGCGAUGUGUCGCGCCUCAGCACGCGCAGCCUAACAAGCAAGGAGGUGGUGAUGAAGGGCACACUCAGCCACUUCUUCAAGCUGGGCCAGGAGGGCAAGUUCCGCGUCUACCACAACCAAUACAGCGGAAAUACGCUGGCCCUCAACAAGCCCCAGCACCGGGAGGACCUGGACAAGCGGCGACACCUCUCGCACAAGUUUUGCAUGACGCCGGCAGGCGACUUCAAGUGGAACGGCUCCAUCCACGGCUCUAAAGUGCUGACCAUCUCCACGCUGCGCCUCACCAUCAUCCAGCUAGAGACCAACGUGCCCGCACCCUUCAUGCACCCCAACUGGGCCUCACACAGGAACAACUGGAUUAAGGCGGUGCAGAUGUGCAGUAAGGCCAGGGAGUUUGCCCUGGCCAUGGCCAUCUUGGAGUGUGCCAUCAAACCUGUGGCCCUGCUCCCUGUCUGGAAGGACUCUCUGGGACACACCAGGCUACACCGUAUGACAUCCAUGGAGCGGGAGGAGAAGGAGAAGGUGAAGAAGAGGGAGAAGAAGCUGGAGGACGAGGAGACCAUGCAGCAGGCCACCUGGGUCAAGUACACCUUCCCCAUCAAGCACCAGGUGUGGAAGCAGAAGGGAGAGGAGUAUCGUGUGACGGGCUGGGGCGGCUGGAGCUGGAUCAGCAAGACGCACGUGCACUGCUUCCUGACCAAGCUGCCCGGCAACACCAACGCCAACUACCGCGCCGAGCUGGAAGCUGCCAGACGUGGUGAGAAAUGCAACUUGCUGGACUUGGGUCCGAGGCCAAGGUUAUUCAAAACAACUGUAGCUUCAGAACCCCAGGGAAGCAGAAGACCCGUAGAGAAAGAUGGGGGUGCUGCUGCCACCACCACGACCACCCCAGAGCCCUCAGCAGACCGCCUGUCGGGAGAGAAGACGAAGGAAAAGCUAGAGGAGGGAAAGAAAGAAGAGAGUGACGGGCGAGCGAAAGUGAAGAUGCAAGACUCCACUGCAGAGGAGGCUGCAGACAAGAUGGAGGUGGACCGUAGCCUCUCAGACUCAGGACAAGACGAUGAAAAAGGAACCAGCAGCAGCCCAGGGACCGAGACGGAGAUGACGUGCGUGAAGCAGGAGCCCGGGGAGGGGAACGCAAGGCCCUUUAACUACGACGUGGUGGACGUGGCCCAGGGCUUCCUGACGCGUGUGGCCUACAAGAAGAAGGUCAAGGCCUCCAAGCUGGACGGUCUGCUGGAGCGCCGCGUCAAGCAGCACGCCCUGGAGGAGAAGCAGAGGGCUCAGUGCGCCCUGGCCAAGCCUACCCCAGUAAAGACCACCCCGGUCCUGCCACAGACCCCACUCCAGACCCAGAGUCCCACAGUGAAAUUGGAGUUCAGCACCCCUUCGGUGCCACCUGCACUUGCUCCAUUGUCAGUCAAAGGGGAGGUGCAGGCGGACCCUUCAAAGACCGCUGAGGGGGUCCCUCAGCCAGCCCCAGCGACCCCAGCUGAAGCAUCCCCACGAACACAAAACCAAAUGACCCCCCAGAAACAGGAGGGAGACCUCCCUGAGAGGACUAUAGGACCCACAGGGGCUGGUUCAGGGCAGGAGGGCCUUAAAAGGCCCUGCAGCACAGCGGAACCUGUGGAAACUUCAGGUGGGAUCUACUACACUGGCAGACCAUCAGAGUCUACCAGUGCCAAGCCCGUUUUCCCCGAGGGUGCAGGACCUGAAGUGGCCAUGUUUAAAUCCCACUCCACAACGAUACCUCCAAGCACUAUAACCCAGGAGAGCAGCCAUAGUGCAGCUACCGUUCCUAAACCCCCCCAACAAAGCACAGAGAAGAACGGGAAGGGGCCUGAGGAGAGGCAGGACAACGGACAGAGCAGCAUCGAGGCCAUCUCCACUGGGUCCCAGCCCUCCUCUCUACCUCAGAUCAAUGGAAAUGACAGUGUGGAGGCUAAAGUCUUGACCAACUCUUUACCAACUCCAAACGAGGCCUCCAAUGCUCUCACUAACAGCUCUGAGGUCAAAGUGAACAGCCUAGGCAAGGCGGAGGGAGAGGGUCAAGUAGUCUCGCCCCUAAAGCCCCUGCUCAACGGCAAUGUGGCCCCUGUAGCCGAGAGGACCGGGCCGGACAGCACGGAACCAAGGCCAGCUCCAAGGGUAGAGUUGGAGAGCAAGGUCAUAGUGUCGGAGCAGGACUACCAGCCCCCGGUGAAGGUGGCCAGGUUGGAAAACAACGUGGAGGCGCUCGGGUCUACGACCACCCAAAGCACCCAGCAGCUCAUCAACACCCAGCCCAUGGAAGUUAAGCCCGAUGCUACCACGCCCAACAAAAUGCCCCCCUUGUCGGUGUGCUCUGCAGAGGAGAGCAGCAACAGUGGGGUGGGAUCCCUCUGUAACACCAUACUCACCCAGGUAACCACCACAACAACCACCACCGCCACGGUAUCCUCAGUGUCUCGGCUAACGGCGGGCGUCUCAAGCUCUUCGGGGACGACGGCCGCGCCCAUUGUCUCAACCACCGAGAGCAGCGCGGUGUCCACACUCACCACCAUGACCAAAACCACCGUGACCAAAAUGCGCUCACCCACGCCCGACAGCCAAUCGGACGAGAGCCAGAGCGAAACGGUGACCGAGUACAAGACCACACUCCUCGCCACCCGCAAGGAGUCCUCUCGUUCAACCUCCUCUGUUUCGGGGGGCAUUACCUCGUCGACCUCCACCAAGGGCCGCGUUCGCCUCCUCAAGUUCUCGCGCACCAAGAAGACGCGCUCAGGAACCGCCUUGCCAUCCUAUCGCAAGUUUGUUACUAAGAGCCAGCGUAAGAGCAUCUUUGUCCUGCCCAACAAUGACCUGAAGAAGCUGGCACGGCGGGGUGGCAUCCGUGAGGUGUCCAUCUUCAGCUACAACGCCAAGCCGGCCCAGGACAUCUGGCCCUACCCCUCGCCCAGACCCACCUAUGGCAUCACAUGGAGGUACCGUCUCCAGACAGUGAAGUCCCUGGCAGGGGUCAGUCUGAUGCUGAGGCUACUGUGGGCCUGUCUGAGGUGGGACGACAUGGCCGUCAAGCCCUCCGCCGCUGUAGGCACCACACGCACAGAGACCUCCGAGACGGAGAUCACUACCACAGAGAUUAUCAAGCGCCGCGACGUGGGGCCCUACGGCAUCCGCUCGGAAUACUGCAUCCGCAAGAUCAUCUGCCCCCUCGGGGCUCCCGAGACCCCGAAAGAGACCCACACGCCACAGAGGAAAGGCCUGCGCUCCAGCAACCUGCGGCCCAAGAAGCCAGAGCCCAAAAAGGAAACUGGGCCGGUGGUGAUUGAGUCCUGGGUUGCCGAGGAGGAAUUGGACCUCUGGGAGAUCAGGGCCUUCUCCGAGAGGGUUGAGAAAGAGAAAGCCCAGGCGGUGGAACAGGCCAAGAAGCGUCUGGACCAGAAAACUGGUGCUGGCUCUACCAUCGUCACCACCCCGGGGAGCCCAGCCACCCCCGCUUCCAUCCCCAAGGUAGUGACCCUAUCGGGCCCGGCCACCCCCGGAACCAAAGUGGUACUGGCCACCAAGAUGGGCACCCCCGUCACCUUCCAACAGAACAAGAACUUCCAGCAGUCGUUUGCUUCCUGGGUCAAGCAGGGGCAGCCCAGUGGAGCCUCGCCGGGCACGGUAGCCACGUCAGCCGGACAGACUUUCCAGAUCACGGGCACGUCCAUGGGGGGCAAGGUGCUCACCGCCAAGCUGCCGCUGCCCGCCAACAGCAAGAUUGUCACUGUCAACGUGCCAACCACUCAAGGAGGUAUGAUUCAGAAGCAGGUGCUGGGCAUCAUUCCCACAAGCCAAGCUGGAGGCGCCCAGACCUUCGCCUCGUUCCAGCCUCGCACCACAACCAUCAACAUCAGGCCAGGCAUGCCUGGCUCACCACAGCAGGUGCUCACCGCUGGAGGCCAGAUCCGUCCGGGGAUGACCGUGAUCCGCACGCCCAUCCAUCAGACAGGCACCAUGGGUAAGACCCUCCUCCAGACACCCCUCAUGGUGCAGCAAGGUCAGGCUGGCCAGCAGGUGGUGACCCAGAUCAUCCGUGGGCAGGCCGUGUCCACGGCCAUCUCAGGUGCCAGCCCUGUCACCACCGUGGCCGGGCAGAGGGUGGGCAGUGCCCCCAAAACCCCGGGCCAGCCCAACACGGCCCAGACACCCCAGCAGCGGGCACAGCAGGGCCAGGUCAAACUCACCCUGGCACAACUCACCCAGCUCACCCAGAAGCAGCAGAGCCAGGCAGUAGAGCGGCCAGGCGGCGGGGCCCAGGGCCUGACGGUGAUGAUCCAGGGCCAGGGCCAGGCCACGGGCCAGCUGCAAGUCAUCCCCCAGGGGGUCACAGUCAUCCCCGGGCCCGGUCAGCAGCUCAUGCAGGCGGCCAUGCCCAACGGCCAGGUCCAACGCUUCCUCUUCACCCCCAUGGCCCCUGCCGCUACCCCAACCUCCACAGCCCCCACCGCCCCGGGUCAGACCACCAAGGCCCCUGCCCAGCCCGCCCAGCAGGCUGCAGCUCCCAUCCAGGCCGGGGCCGCCCUGGCCACCAGCACCCCCCCAUCCGCCACCCCCAGAGCCAACUCCCUCCCAGACCCAGGCCCACAUGCCCAUCCAAUCCCCAACCCCCUCCAGGUCAAGUCCCUCAAACACCCCCCAGCACCCCCAGGCCGGCCCCAACAGACCCUCCAGCUCCAGGGCUCCCCCCACCAGCUCAUCACCGUCCCGGGCCUCCAGCAACAGGUCCAGGUCCUGGCUCAGCUCCAGGCCCAACAGGGGACCUCCGGAGGCUCUCUCCCCCAGCAGAUCAAGCUCCAGCUUCCCAUCCAGAUACAGCAACCCGGGGUCGGUGGAGCCCAGCCUGGAGGUCCGAUCCAGAACGUGGUGACCAUCCAGACGGCCAGCGUGCAGGAGCAGCUCCAGAGGAUCCAGCAGCUGAGGGAGCAGCAGCAGCAGAAGAAGAGGCUGGCGGCCGAGGCCAAGCGGGAGCAGGCGCUGGCGGCAGCCAGUCAGAGCCACAUCAUCCAGAAACAGGUGGUGAUGAAGCAGAACGCAGUGAUCGAGCACCUCAAGCAGAAGAAACCCAUGUCCCCCGCCGAGAGAGAGGAGAACCAGAGGAUGAUUGUGUGCAACCAGGUGAUGAAGUUCAUCCUGGACAAGAUCGACAAGGACGAGAAGCAGGCGGUCAAGAAGAGGAAGAAGGAGGAAGCAGGCGAGCAGAAGAGAACCAAGGCCAAUGCCACCAAGCUGUCGUCGCUGCUCUGCCGGCACAAGGAGACACUCAAGGCCGAGAUCCUCAAGAAGAGAGCCCUGCUGGACAAGGAGCUGCAGCUGGAGACGCAGGAUGAGCUGAGGAGGGACCUCGCCAAGCUGCGGCGGGACAAGGAAAGGGCCCAGGCCACCGCCCAUCAGGCGGCCGCCGCCGCGCACACGCAUCAUGCCCUCACACACACCUCCCAACUCAACCCGGCGGCCUUCGUCCACAAGCGGAAGCGGGAGGAGGAGAGGGACGCGGCGUCGACGGCUAACGCCAAGAAGAAGAAGAUGAUCACCACCACUACCUCAGACAGCAAGAAGGAGACUAAGCUCUACUGUGUCUGCAGAACGCCCUACGACGAGUCCAAGUUCUACAUUGGCUGUGACCUGUGCACCAACUGGUACCACGGCGAGUGUGUGGGCGUCACCGAGAAGGACGCCAAGAAGAUGGACGACUACAUCUGCAGCGAGUGCAAGCGGGCCCAGGAGGGAAAGACCGAGGAGCUCUACUGCAUCUGCCGAACGCCCUACGACGAAGCACAGUUCUACAUCGGCUGCGACCGCUGCCAGAACUGGUACCACGGCCGUUGCGUGGGCAUCCUGCAGAGCGAGGCCAACCACAUCGACCAGUACGUGUGUCCGCAGUGCCAGUCCACAGAGGACGCCAUGACAGUGCUCACGCCGCUCACCGACAAGGAUAACGAGGGGUUAAGGAGAAUCCUGCGCUCCUUACAGGCUCACAAAAUGGCGUGGCCGUUCCUGGAGCCAGUGGACCCGAACGACGCCCCAGACUACUACGGAGUCAUUAAGGAACCAAUGGAUCUUUCUACGAUGGAGGAGCGGUUGCAGAAGCGCUACUACAUCAAGCUGACAGAGUUCGUGGCGGACAUGACCAAAGUCUUCGACAACUGCCGUUACUACAACCCCAGCGACUCGCCGUUCUACCAGAGCGCCGAGGUCCUUGAGAACUUCUUCGUCCAGAAGCUCAAAGGGUUCAAAGCCAGCAGGUCUCAUAACAACAAACUGCAGUCUACAGCAUCUUAGAAUACACAGUCGGCACUCCUUCUAAAGCUUACUGUCAAAAUGGCUGCCAAUGUGGUUCCCCCUGAACACUCGUACUCCAAUGGGGAAGCCAGGCUACUUCUUACGUGUCCACACACAUACCACCACACCUGUCGGACUUGGGAGUGGGAGUUACACCCCCGUUUAAAACCAGCACACACUCCUCGAAGAUCGUAGCCGACGCAUGCUUCAGGCCGAACGGCCUUGUUACCAAACCGUAUGAGCCCUCGCCAUUCCUCAACCACCUCUAAGGCCGUGGAAAGAGAAGAGACUGGCAGUGGAAGGUUCCAUUAUCCAAACCCUUAGUAUUCAUGAUGGGAGAUACCACAUCCCCAACAGACGGGGGGAGGGAGGCUCAGACUUUCAGUUCACAGCCUGUUUCCUUCCUUCAAAGCACUUCCGAUGUGGUGGAUGAAAUGGAGGGAUGGCGGGAGAAAACCCCCCUGAAGUCAAUAAGCUAAUGGGCCGUUCAAGGGCAGUACGAAACAAGGCAGCAGUAGACUCUUUUCAAGUUGUUUAUUCCGUAACUAAUCUCACAUCUCUUUUGUAUCAGCUAUUCUUCCUUCCCUGGGGGUCAACUCCCAUUUCAGACUGUGUAUGUCCCAAAUGUCACCAUAUUCCCUAUAUAGUGCACUACUUUUGACCAGAGCCAUAUGGGCCCUGGUUCAAAAGUAGUGCUCUAUAAAGGGAAUAGGGUUCCAUUUGGGAUGACAACCACUGACACUUUCCAGCUGUUUCUGCUUCCUCAUCUCGUGAUCCCUCAUUCGAAAUGGGUCUAAAUAGCACACACCUGUCUGGCUGCUUGUGUUUGGAACGAGCUGAUCCUAGAUCAUCGUGAACUCACUUGGUGCCACCUUGAAGAUGUAUGUGCCCUGACCUCCAAACAGGUCAUGGAGAGUCCCAAGUUACCAUUUCUAUGUCAUGUCUCACUGUGGAAAUGCUAUCCUGUUUGUAAAACAUUUUUUCUGACGUUGAACCUGUUUUCCUUUUUCUUUGUUACCACCUAAGAUGGGAAUAUUGGUGUAUAUGAAACAGCCGACAGAGAGAAAACAAGCUCUAUUUCUCGCCAUGUAGAGGCUUCUCUAACAUUUUUAAUUGAAGACAUUCAUCCGAUGAAAACAAGAAAAGCACUCCGAAGUCCUUCCACAGGAAAAUAACCGAGGAUGGACUUGGAGAAUGUGAAAACCGUUAAAGGGCAUAUUUAACCUAAGUGUACUGACCAUCCACACCGCAACCUCCCCCCUCUCUCCCCCAAUGUUUUGUCAAGAAGGUUGGAUCACAUGCAUCUCUCAACUCCUAGGCCCCCUACUAGGCCCCCUAUAAAGGAUUAAGUCAAAUGCUUUUGAGUUUUCCACUGCAUCAAGUAAACAUGUUGUGGUCUAGAACAGUAAAUCAGAAAGUCAAAGUUGAGGAAUCUUUAUUUUAAAUUGGGGUUUGUAUGAAGAUUUCUUUUAGGAACUUGCAUUUUUAUCAUAUUUGGAACUUUUCUAAACUGUAAUAAUUGUGUCGAGGCAGUACUGUUUGUUGGGGGGAGAACAUUUUUGGAGUUGUCACUGGUGCUCUUCGUUAAUAUCUCUUAAAGAUCAACUUAAUAGUAGGGGGAGCCUUAGGUUUGAAGAGGGGUUGGGGUAAAUUUCAUUUCAGUUUUGGAUGUGAACUGAAAUUUCCAUUUUCAAUGGAGUUUUAGUUUACUUCCUGAAUUGAAAUGGGAAUAACCGAAACCCUGGUUUGAAGUGCCAACAACUUUUUCAGAGGUGGACUGAGUUGAGAGAUGAGGUGACCGAAGCCUGUUUGUCAGUCCUAUUCACAGACCUGUUUGCAUUUCAAACCAUGCACUCCAGUUUCUAUUCUUACAUGCAUCGUCCACCAUUUGUAUUUCAUAUUGUAUAAUAUGGCUGUCAAUAUACAAAGAGAUUUUAGAGGUUUUUAGAGUAUUAGUACUUUUAUUUUUGUCCAUUUUUAACCAGCAACUAAGCCUACCUGUACAUUCAAUAGAUAUUCUCUAUCUUUUGUCAAAGUGAACUCUACAUUUAGGUAAAAUUGCCCUUUAUAUUAAAAGUGCUGCAUAUUGUGUGCAUAUUGAUUUAAAACGGGGUGGAGAAUGUUGACUCUUCUUGAAGAUUUUCUUUUUUAAAGAACCAACCAGUUCUACACAUCUAUUAAUAACUUCAUCACAAUAUCUGUUUUUAUUUAUUCAUAUCGCUGAAAAUAUUACAUUUUUUAGUAAAUGUAAGAGGAAACAUAACUGGGGAAAAAUACUAUGUUUUUAACAGAUUGUGGCAACUCUUAAGAGAUCCUUUUUUGUACUUGAUAGGACAUUUCAUCCAAGAUAAUAAAGUCAUGUUUUUGACAU